AGAGGGGUAUUUUAGACAUUUCAGAUCUAUAAGUCUGGGUUAUACACACAUCGCUUCUCUCAAUCCUCUCAUCGCUUUUCGCUGAAUCAAAAUUUCCCCCAAAUCGUCCGAUCAGACUGAAGAAAAAACCCUAAAAAUGGAUGGACAUGAUUCUGAGGACUCUAAGCAGAGCACUGCUGAUAUGACAGCUUUUGUCCAAAAUCUUCUCCAUCAGAUGCAAACCAGGUUCCAGACAAUGUCGGACUCCAUCAUCACAAAGAUUGAUGACAUGGGAGGUAGAAUCAAUGAGCUGGAGCAAAGCAUCAAUGAUCUAAGAGCCGAGAUGGGAGUAGAAGGCACUCCUCCUCCAGCCGUCAAAGAUGAACCCAAAACACCGGCUAGUUCCAGUUGAAAAGGGAGAGUGGUGCUCACCAACUAUCAAAUGCUUGACUGGUCAUGAUCUUUUUGCUUAUAACAGCAUUUGCAGAAGAAAAGAAAAAAAUCUAUGGAAACUUGUUAAGAGCAGUAUUUACUUUUAAAUUCCUGUUUUAAGAAAUGAGUUUAUUACUGUUAAGUUAGAUUGAUGAUGUGGUGCGUUACAUUACUCUGCACUUAUGAACUAUUGAACUACCUUUUCUAUUU